GGGACGCCGUGGAGGAGAAAGAAAAACGUAGUGGACAAAACACAAUGGCGACAGCGGCAACUGGAGCUGGCGGAACGGGUUCGAGUGGACCGGCGACCGGUCCAGUGGGCGGCGGCGCUGCCGUGGGUCGAAAGAAGGACGGGGGCCCGUCUUCGAAAUUCUGGGAGAGUUCUGAAACGGUAUCUCAGCUGGAGACAGUUCGGUUGUGGAUCGCCAAGCACUACAAAAAGCAUGUCCAGAACGACUCUCCCUCAAGCAAGUCGCUGGCCGGCCUGGUCGUCCAGUUGCUGCAGUUCCAGGAGGAUGCCUUUGGUCGAAGGGUCAACAACCCCGCCCUCACCAAGUUACCGACCAAGAGUUUCCUGGAUCUUAAGGCCGGUGGUGCUCUUUGUCACAUCUUGGGCUCGGUUUACAAGUUCAAGAGUGAGCAGGGCUGGCGUAGGUUUGAUCUCCAGAACCCCUCCAGGAUGGACCGUAACGUGGAGAUGUUUCUUAACGUGGAGAAGUCCCUGGUUCAGAAUAACUGUCUGACUCGACCGACGGUCUUCCUGUCCACCGACAUGGAACAGAAGCAAGCCAAUAAGCUCAAAGACAUCAUCAAGAGGCACCAGGGCUCCAUCACUGAGGAUAAGUCGAAGGCAACCCACCACAUUUACCCCUCUCCUACCCAGCAAGAAGAUGAGGAGUGGCUUCGUCCAGUCAUGCGCAAGGACAAGCAAGUGCUGGUGCACUGGGGCAUGUCCCCCGACAGCUAUGACACCUGGGUGGCCGUCGGCGAGGUGGACGGAGACGUGGAGGACCCCCCGAGCGCAGAGAGACCCUGGAAGGUCCAUGCCAAGUGGGUGCUGGAUACAGAUGCCUACAACGAGUGGAUGAACGAGGAGGACUAUGAGGUGGACGAGAACAAGAAGCCUGUCAGCUUCCGCCAGAGGAUCUUCCCCCGGGAGGAAGAAUCUUCCCGUACGCCCGACCGCAAGGAGCGCAAGGCCAACUCUGCCGGCAAGAAGAGACGCCGCUCUCCCUCCCCGCCAACCACCCCUGCAGAGUCCCGCAAGAAGGGAGGAAAGAAGGGGAACCCCGGGGCUCACUGGAAGCGGCGCAGCCACCGCGGGGGGGAGGAGGAUGACACAGAGGAGGACCUGAGCAAAGACCUGGACGACUCCUCCACCAACCCCACCCUGGACGAGACCAGUGGCACCAAGAACGAUGACAUGGAGGACGACUCAGUUCUGUCUGGUGGAAAGGAGGACGAGGAGCAGAGCAAGGCGGAGGUCAACCGACUGAUGGACUCCGAGGACAACGUCACAGAGCAGACUCACCACAUCAUCAUCCCCAGUUACGCUGCCUGGUUUGACUACAACUGUAUCCAUGAAAUUGAGAGACGUGCCCUGCCAGAGUUUUUCAACGGGAAGAACAAGUCGAAAUCCCCAGAGAUAUACCUGGCCUACCGCAACUUCAUGAUCGACACGUACCGCCUCAACCCCCAGGAGUACCUCACAUCGACCUCCUGCCGCCGCAACCUGACGGGGGACGUCUGCGCCGUCAUGAGGGUGCAUGCGUUCCUGGAGCAGUGGGGUCUGGUGAACUACCAGGUGGACUCUGAGAGCCGCCCGCUCCCCAUGGGACCGCCCCCAACCCCCCACUUCAACGUCCUGGCCGACACCCCCUCGGGACUUAUCCCCCUCCACCACAGACCCCCGCAGAUUCCUCCAGCUCAGCCCAUCAUGAACUUCUCGGAGAAGAACAAAGACAAACCCACCGAUAUGCAGAACUUUGGCCUGCGCCCCGACCUGUACGCCAAGAAAAACCUCAAGGGCAAGGGACCCACCUCCGGCCGGGAGUGGAGCGAACAGGAGACCCUGCUCCUCCUGGAGGCGCUGGAGAUGUACAAGGACGACUGGAACAAGGUGUCGGAGCACGUGGGCUCCAGGACCCAGGACGAGUGCAUCCUGCACUUCCUGCGGCUGCCCAUCGAGGACCCCUACCUGGAGAGCACGGAGGCCACCCUGGGCCCCCUGGCCUAUCAGCCGGUGCCCUUCAGCCAGUCGGGGAACCCCGUCAUGAGCACCGUGGCCUUCCUGGCCUCCGUGGUGGACCCCCGCGUGGCCUCGGCCGCCGCAAAAGCAGCGCUCGAGGAGUUCUCGCGUGUGCGUGAGGAGGUGCCGGCCGAGCUGGUGGAGGCGCACGUGAAGAAGGUGCAGGAGGCGGCCAGGAGCACCGGCAAGGUGGACCCCGCCUUCGGCCUGGAGAGCAGCGGAAUCGCCGGCACUGCCCCCGAGGAACCGGAGAAAACCGAGAGCCAGGAAGCAGAGAAGAUGGAUACCGACUCCGACUCGCAGCAGGGGGAUAAGGCGGAGUCCAAGGACGAGGCGGAGAAGCCCAGCGAGUCCGCCGAGAAGAGGGACGACAAGGCGGAGGGCGGGGAGAAGGUGAAGAAGGAGGCGGGCGAGGCCACGGAGCGCCCGGAGCCAGAGGCCGAGGGGGCGGAGGUCAAGGCCGCCGGCGCCGCAGACAAAGACAGCGAGGAGGCCAUGGAGACGUCGUCCGAGAAGGGGAAGGGGAAGGAGAAGGAGGAGAAGAGUCGAGAGGAGGAGGACGACGAUGAGGAGGAGGAGGAGAAGGGCGAGGGAGAUGAGGAGGAGGAGGAGGAUGAGAAGAAGAAGCUGGAGCUGGAUGUCGGAGAGGGGAACAUCGCCACCGCCGCGGCUGCCGCGCUGGCCUCAGCCGCCACCAAAGCCAAGCACCUGGCCGCGGUUGAGGAGAGGAAGAUCAAGUCCCUGGUGGCCCUGCUGGUGGAGACUCAGAUGAAGAAGCUGGAGAUCAAGCUGAGGCACUUUGAGGAGCUGGAGACCAUUAUGGACCGUGAGAAGGAGGCCUUGGAGCUGCAGAGGCAGCAGCUGCUGACGGAGCGGCAGUCCUUCCACAUGGAGCAGCUCAAGUACGCUGAGAUGAAGGCCCGCCAGCAGAUGGAGCAGCAGGCUGCAGCCGCCGCCGCUCAGGGACAGGGCCCCGGGCACCACGGGGGACCCCCGCCCGCCAUGCACUCCGGAUACCCCCCCAUGGGGCAUCACGCCAUCGGCCCCCACCACCCUGCAGGACCAAUGGGACCAGGGCCCGUCCAAGGGCGUAUGAUGUCCGGGCCCCCACCUGGCGGCCCCCCACCAGGCAGCAUGCCACCCAUGAUGGGCCCCCGGCACCCAGGUGCACCCAAUGGCAUGUAUCCAGGACCGUCGGGUGAUGGGAUAGUGGCAGUCCCCACAGGUCCUCCAGCGCCCCCUGCUGCACGAGUGGCAGAUAACUAGGACACUCAAACACAUGCAUACACUCACACUCACUCUCACUAACUAUCUGACGCGAAUAAUGGCCUUCCUUCCUGACUAAAAAUAUUUCUUUCCCACUCCUCAAAAAUGACGAUAGCUUCUUAUUUUAGACACACAUUUACUCUCAUACAUACACACACACACACACACACACACACACACACACACACACACACACACACACACACACACACACACACACACAGGGCUCAAAGACAAGGCUGACCGAAGCUUCCAUGGCUCCAUCUGUCCUACAUACCCACAUCCGUGCAUGCACAUACCCCCCCCCCCCCGGCUUCUCUCAGGGCACAGCGGCGAGGGUCGUUUAGUAAACACUGUUUUGUACUCUGCUAUGGCCUCAUGGACGCUCAUCCGCAGAGUCAUCCCUAUUUAAUGAACUAGGGAGGAUGACACGAUGAACCCCCCCCCCCCCAUCGCUUAUUUACCUCCUAAUGAUGCUGUAGACUCCCACCCCCCAUCCCUUCUCUCUCAGCCUCCCUUUGUAAAGACCCCGAUGCUCGAACACACAUACACACACACCAUCACACACACAUAUACUGUCUCGCUCUCUUGCUUGUCCUCUGUGAUCCUUUACCUUACCACCAGGGGGAAGAGGGUGAGACUGUUGUUACCCAAGAGUUCAGAUACGUCAGUAGUGUGGCAAUCAUGUGGAAUAGGGGAUCAAUCCAAUGAACACGCAUACACACGAAAACACUGGCUGAGUAUCUACCUCUACGCUUCUGCAAAAAACAAUACACUGUAGGUGUGUGUGUGUUGUUGGUGGGGGGGAUCCAUUCUAUUGAUCGAAGGGUGUGGUUAUUACACAAGCCAACCACCCAUCCGUAACACACUUAAACACACCCAAUUCUGGAUUCUGUUCCCUGUAGACUGGCUGGUCACAUCGCAGUGCGUAUCAGAAGCACAUGUGGUGCCAUCUCGGCUUCUGACUGAAUCACUACUGUAUCUGUCACGUGUACUCUCCUGGUGCACCGGGCACUACUGGAUCUGUAACAUGCGCUAUCCUCUCGCCAGUGCACUGCUGUGUCUGUACACGUGCACGGUGGUCAUCCACAUGCUGAUGAUAAUGAGCCUACUACUCAUACAAGCUUACUUCGCUCUGCACCCCCCCCCUCCCCCCCAACACCGCCUACCUCUCUCACACACACACUCCCCACACACACAGGGCUUGAUUACAACAGUCUUAUUCCACUCACGAGCUUGACGGGGAAAAUGGGUCAACCCAAGCUAACAUGUUCGUAUAUACUCAUAGUUUAAGUACGUGUGUUACUACAUGUGCUUAAUAUGUACAUAUGUCCAUCAAAGUUCUGCCAAUAUAUGUACUUGUCAAAUGGCUAAUUAUAUCAACUAUUACAUUUUACAUGUUUCAUAGCUGGACUGAGAUGUUGUAAUCAGAGUACGGGAUUGAAAAGCAAAUGCCAAAUGCAAACUUUUUGAUUAUUUGCAGUACUUAAGGUAGUGGUACGUGGUGGGCUUAUGCCUUUAGCUCCACCUCCAACCCCCCCCCCCCCCUGUCCCCCCGUCCCCCCUGCUGUUUUCUCGCUAGUACUGUUAGCAACUCUCUGCUACCUCCUCUUCGCUCCUGGCCUAGCUACCUCUCGUUAGAGCUCUUCCUCUCGCUAAGCGCUACCUCUCUGACGUGGCCGCGCGACGGCCUAGCUUUCCUGCCGCCUCCCACAAUGCUGUGCGCUUCCAGACCCAACGGAACGCUAGCACGUUGGCCACCGGCCUCCGGCGCCGUUCUCCGUCAGGAAGGAGAAACGCUUUCACCCGCGCACACACAUACACACGCAUAAACAUACGACACAUGUGCACACAUUUUUCGAUGACACAAUUUUAACGUACCCCCUAACUGAACUUUCCAGGCUGUUGAAUAUUUGUCCUGGAAGGAAAAGCCAGGAACCCCCUUCCAUAUGUAAUACUUUUUUGGCUACUCUUUUUGUGUUUAUGGUAAUGUAUUUUUGAUGAAUAAACUUUGUGUAGACUGAGCUCUCAUUGUUCUUCAGAAUAUUUGUAGCAGUUGUUUUUAUUUUUUUUAUGUUUUUCUUUUUUUUUCUUUGCGUUUGUCUUUUUAUGGGGUCUGGACCUACACACUGUCAAAUAAACGUUUUUGUAUGAGCGCCACGUCUGGAGUCGGUAAUUUCAGUCCACUCUCGUGUCUGCUCUCGUAUCCCUCCAACAAGCCAAAUGUUCCUUCAGUCUGCAGUUCAUGUACAAAUACAUUGGCCUUUACUUAAACGCCAAUACCUGCUAAUGCGCUUAAAAACUGAUAACAUUUUUGAAUGUCACUUGCUCUAGAAAGGUUCUGCUAAACUUGGAAGUUGCUCCUGACACUUUCCACACUGUCAGAAAAGUGGUGCUAAAUGUGAGUUAUUGGAAGGUAUUUUAAUGACCUCAAACUAUUUGGCAUAGCCCAGUGCAAUAAACCCAUUAAUCAAUUGGCUUUCAGGCCAGAACAUUAUCAUGGACUGUGCCAUUCUGCAGUGAAUGUGAAUCUUGAUUGUAGUCAUAUCUUUGCUCUUUCAUUUGAAGCAUUUGAUCAAGAGUGCCCACAUCGAUUUAGUAAACAUAUCACAUGUUCUAAUCUCUACUCUUGGCCCUGUCCGAGAGCCAGGGCCAGCUUCCCAGUGUGCUAGUUCCACAGUGCUGGUUGCCUGAUCACUCCACUCCUAGCAUCUGUGUGUAACAUGUUGGGGGACCCGGCGCCAGCCGUCCUCUUAAUCCUAAUCCCUGCCGGCCAGAGCUGUAAUCUGGGAGAGGGGGCGCAGGAGAUGAGACAUGAUGUUAUUGAGACCAU